CUUACAUAAUAUGAGAGAGAGAGAGAGAGAGAGAGAGGAGGCAGGAAUGAGUGAAUGUUUCUCUUCUCACUCUCUCUGUGCUUUUGUCUGGCGUGGUUAUCAUGGACAAGCUGUCUUCAUACCCGCAGCUUGCCUCCUAACGGACGUGCCACAGAAGAGGGCUUUUGAGAGCACCGGGCCUUCAUGCCUCACCCUUUCGCAUCUUAAACUACGCUCGGAGCCGCUCUUUCACAGACGAUACAAGGCGACAGAGCGAACUGACGCCGGGAAAGCGCUAUGAGCACAGAAAAAGAGCGCAGCGUCCUGAACGAUGGAGAUGAGGAGAAGGAGGUGAAGGAUGAGAAGGCCGCAGUGAAGGAGGAGCUGUCCGAGGAGCAGGAGCUAGAGGAGCUGAGGGCUCAGGUGCUGCAGCUCCUUCUUGAGCUGGAAGAAGCUCGAGACACGGCUCAGAAACACGAAGAGAGCUUUCUGGAGCUGCAAGGUCUUCUUGAGGAGGAGCGUUUAGCUAGCGCUCAUCAGGCAGAGGCCUUCACGAGACAGAUCCAGCGUCUGCAAGCACAGCUUCGCUCUGUCCAGGAGGAGAUGGACAGUCUGGAGGAGGAGAAGGAGAGCGAGCUCCUGGAGGCGCAGGAGGAGCUGCGGGCGGCGCAGGAGGAGGUGCUUCUGCAGCAGCAGGCGGCGGAGGAGGCCGCGGCCGAGAGGGAGAACGACAUCGCCAGUCUGCAGGAGGAGCUCUGCCGCUUACGGGCCGAGAUCUCGCGGCUGGAGGACACGGGGCAGGAGUACGAGCUGGAGAUCGUAACGCUUCGAGCGGAAAUAGAGAUGAAGAGCCAGAGCCGUCUGCAGCAGAGGAAGGAGGGCGAAGUGGGUCUGUUGAUGGAUGAAUGCAACAAUCUGAAGGAACAAUGUCAUGCGCUGCAAGAAGAAAACACAAGACUGAACCACAGACUGCAGAUGCUGCAAAAAAGAAGUUCAGGCAGCACCUGCAUCACCGUUCAGGAAGAGCAAGACGAGACGGAAGAGAGAGAACACACGCAGUGCGGCGCGGAGACGGAGCCGGACGGCUCUUACAUGAGCUCCAGCUGCAGGCUGGUGGACGCCGGCAUUCAGAAGAACAUAUCGUUCGACGGCAAACCCGUGACACCCACCGGCUGGACGGGUGGUUUCUCAGAGGUCUUCUCCCUGAGAGACCAGCUCAAGCAGACGGAAGAGAAGGCCACGCACGCGCAGAGAGAGUGUGACGGAUUAAAGAACGAGCUAGAAAGUCUGAGGGAAAUGUACGAGACCAGUCAGAAGGAGCGAGCCGAGCUGGAGCUGGAGCUACUGCGCUGCAGGGAAGAGCUGGAGAGAGCUGCUGACGUCAAAGAGGAAUGAUGCUAAUAAAAAGCACCGAUUUGCCCGCCGGUGGUCUGAAGUACUGUAUAUUGUGGAGAGCAAAAGACUGAUUGCCUUUUUCUUAGCCGUGUUCUCACCCGAUGAAACCACAAGCUACAAUCAACACCCAUCACAGCCUCUACAGUAUCUGGAGUUUAAUUGUGUUUUUGUUCAUCUUUUUUGCAAUAACAACUACCUUUUAAGAUACAAAGUCGCCGCUUAUAUUUUUCCUAUACUAUUUCACAUGUACCUCAUAUUAGUUAUUAUUCACGUUUGAAUUAUUCACCGUCUUGUGCUGGCUUACUGUAAACACCUUUAAUUAUCAUGCGAUUAUGUUAUAUAUUUCUUCCUAAUAGAUGAGAUUAACUUUUAAAAAUGUAUUCAUUGCAACAUCCAAAAACAUAAAGGAGGUUGUCAUUUAAAAAAAUCUACGUAAAUAAUUAAAAUUGUUAUUUUAUACCUUAUAAAUUAUUUUGUGCAUUUACAACAUCAAACAAUCAAUCUUUUUGUAUAUUUUUAUGCACGUUUUAGCAUGACGCGACACUAUAUUGCGCCACAGAGAACUGUAUAAAAAAUUAUACACUGAUGACAAUGAUUUACAAUCAACAAUUGUGUCUGUAAAAAAAUAUAUAUUUUAUGCCCCCAGAACAUAAUUUGUGAACAACAUAAUUUUGUCAUAAUUUUUGCAUAAACUCUUGAGGUCACUGAUGUAAAAAGUAAAGUUAAUUAAAAUAGUUCAGCAGCCUGGAAACUGUCUACAGUAUCUAUACAAUGAUGUAAGACCACAGGGUUUUACUGAAAUAAUUUUGUAUCUCUUAAACUUUAACAAAUCUCUUCUAAGGUCAUCAGAAGUCACUGUUAAUGCACUGGAACAGAAUGACAUAUUUCGAGCAGGUGAUAAAAAAAUUCUAUCAAAAUUCUCUUGAACUCUUAAUCAAAGGCUUUUUUUCAAGAAAGUAACAUUUUUAUUUUUUUUACCAGUGACCUCGAUUGUUUGGUUAUAUCGUUUUAGAAUUUAUAUGAUCAAAUAUGUACGAUUUGUUAUGAAACCGAAUAUUUAAAAAACAUAAGUUUAUUUCAGUCAGACUUCUGUUUAUUAAUGCGUUAUGACUGAGCUGAUAAUCAAAUUACGUGUGAUCUCUAUUAUGUGUGAGUCAGAUUAGCUGAGAUGAUUGAAAAUUACUAUUAUUAUUAAUUUUUUUUUUAUUCUGUUGUGUAGGUGGUACCAAAAAUUGUAUUUCAUUUUGUAAAAAGUUCUAUAAUAUUUGUAUAUUUCGAAGAGUACUAGAUGAGGCAUCAGUGUUUAAUGUAUUGAUUUAUCGAUAAACUGAAAUCCACUGUAGCCCUAUUUGAUAAAAAAAAUAAAAAUAAUAAUAAUAAUUAAGUUCCAACCCUCCAAAA